UACUUUUGUUUUUUUUCAGGCAUGUUCCUCUCUGAGAUGAUUGAGAAAUAUUUCGUAUCGCCAACGUUAUUCCGAGUCAUCCGACUUGCCAGAAUCGGCCGUAUUCUUCGUCUCAUCAAAGGAGCCAAAGGCAUUCGUACACUCCUGUUUGCCUUGAUGAUGUCACUUCCUGCCUUGUUCAAUAUUGGCCUCCUCUUGUUCCUGGUCAUGUUUAUCUAUGCCAUCUUCGGAAUGUCCAACUUUGCCUAUGUGAAGCACGAGGCAGGGAUUGAUGACAUGUUUAACUUUGAGACAUUUGGGAACUCGAUGCUUUGUUUGUUCCAGAUUACGACUUCAGCAGGAUGGGACGGCCUCCUGGCACCCAUCCUGAACAAGCAAGAUCCGGAUUGCGACAGCAAAUUGGAGCACCCGGGCAGCAUGUACCGUGGCGACUGCGGAAACCCCUCGGUCGGCAUCUUCUUCUUCGUGAGCUACAUUAUCAUCUGCUUCCUGAUCGUGGUGAACAUGUACAUUGCCGUGAUCUUGGAGAACUUCAGCGUAGCCACAGAGGAGAGCGCCGAACCACUGAGCGAGGACGACUUUGAAAUGUUCUACGAAGUCUGGGAGCGAUUCGAUCCCAACGCCACGCAGUUCGUGGAGUAUGAGAAGCUUUCUGACUUUGCAGAUGCUUUGGAUCCUCCCUUACGUAUCCCCAAGCCAAACAAGAUCCAGCUCAUAGCCAUGGACCUGCCCAUGGUCAGUGGCGACCGCAUCCACUGCCUGGACAUCCUGUUCGCCUUUACCCUGAGGGUACUGGGAGAGGAGGGCGAGAUGGAUGCCCUGAGGGGACAGAUGGAGGAUCGUUUCAUGGCCUCCAAUCCCUCCAAAGUCUCCUACGAGCCAAUCACGACAACCCUCCGUAGGAAACAGGAGGAGAUGUCGGCCGUCGUCAUCCAGAGGGCCUUCCGACGGUAUCGUAUAAGGCAAACGGUAAAGAAGGCCUCCGAAGCCUACCGACAGCAGCUGCAAGUUGGGAGUGUGCGCAUCCCGGAGAAAGAGGUGCUCGUCAUCGGAAAGUUUCAAGAGAACUCUGCGUCAGACAAAACGGAUAUGACUCCCUCCUCUGCCUCUCCGCCGUCUUAUAACAGUGUGGCCAAAUCAGAGAAAGACAAAUACGAAAAGGAGAGGAGAGAAAAGGAGGACAAAGCAAAAGAUGCAAGAGACAGAAAAAAAUGAACGAGGGACUGAAACAGAGACUGUUCUUUUCAACUGAGACACUGUUUACAGAGCAGAGCGCGAGCACUGGGGUGCAAUUCACCUCAAGCGGUUUUGGAACUAAUGCCAAACUGAGUGUGUGUGAGGCGGAGUGUGUGUAUGUGCGUGUGUCUAGACUAUUGUGUGCGUGCACACCGAGGUAGCCUUAGGGUGCAUUUAUGGUGUUGACGGAAAGCGUUGAUUCAAGGACAGUGCCAGUGUCGACACGACGAACACACGCACAUACACACACUUGAGUAUGAAUGUUGAAUCCCUAAGGAUGCUGGUGUGAAACAAAAUGGCAAGUUUAGAGUGGUGUGUGUGUUUGUCUUUUAGUUUUGAGUGUUGUUACACAAUCCCGAGGACUGAAAGAAACUAAUGUUAUAGUCAUCAGUAGCUAGUGCUAACACUACCGCUGGUGUCUUUCUUAUUGAAUGGCGUAUUAUAUACCUGCACAUUUUUGUUAGCUCAUUUUUUUAUUCAUGUUGAACUUUUCUACUCAUGGGUUUGAUUGUCUGAACUACUUCAUUGUCUGUAGAAGGGGCUGGGGAAUGUCGAUCAUACCUGGUAGUGAAUUAUCUGAACGGGACCUCAUUUACUUUAGCGUUAGUAUAUACCGAACAAACCACACACACAGACACACACACACACACACACACACACCAGUAGGUUCUAAGUGCUACAAAAUCAAUCGCUCAGUAAGCUGAGAUCAGAAUGCUACUGUACUAAUCAGGACUUUCACACACAGAAUGUUUUUUGUUUUUUUUAUGGAUGAAGAUGUAGACCAUGUCUGCACUGCCUUACUGAACACAAACACAAAAAUGGAUUAACUGAACCAUUUGACAUCUUCCACUGUUGAAUGAGCCAAACUCAGUGUUUUUUGACUCAAACCCUUUGAUGAAUGUUCUGGGUUCAAUGUAUGUUCACCUCAAUUGACAAUAUUUUUGUGUUACUAAAAGGCACUUAUAAACGAAGUAAAACAGGCCAUGCAAUUAAUCAUUAAAAGUAACACUGUUUACAGCCACGUGUAUAGUAGAACCACAAAGCUUUAACAUUAUAUGAUGUAUUAUAGAUUAUACAUGUUAACAUGAGAAGAAUAGUGUGAUAUAAUCACUUAUCUAAGCUUUUCUUUAAUUUUUCAACUCCGUUGUCAUGAAAAUGCCAAUAACUUUCGCACAAUAUCUGCACAAAGACACCAAGAAGAGAAGUGAUGCGAUUUCCUUAGGCAUUGUACCACAUGACUAGAGUUUUUAUUUAUGUAUUUCUUAAAGGGGCCACAUCCUAUAUUUUGAAUGUUUUUUUUUUUGUUGUUGUUGUUGUUGUUGUUGUUGUUUUUUCUUCUUCACAUAGAUAAAGUUCUACUUAUGUUUGUUAUAUCAAUAGACAUAAGCGGUCUAAUCAGAAGUGGUUGUCUAUGACUUUACCUGACACCAGGUGCAUAACAACGGUUCUGGAAUGGCAACAACCACAGGAAUAAUAUUGAAAACAGUGCAAAUAUGUCAAUUUAGGCAACCUUUAAUUUCACAACUCAUCAUUUCCUUUUCCUUUUACAGAUGAUUAAAUGUAAGUGUUUUAUCAAAAAAUAUAAGCUGUACAUUUUGGCCUGUAAACCCUCCAGAUGCUGGCACAGUUUACUUCAUUUGUAAGUGCCCCAUUCAAACCUUGAUUUUAGCUUAUUUAAGGUGCAAAUUGCAAUUAUUUCCUGUGGUGAUCAAUAUUAAGCAACAAAAGCUGUUCGUUGAACCUUAAACAUUCUACACCACAUAUGAGGCACAUAUGAGACGAGACAGAUGUCCACCCCUCCGUGAAACUACUAUAACGAUAACAGACUUCGGGAAGCCUGAAUGUACACUCACUGGUGAAGGUGAUAGCAAAAGGCAGUAUAACCCUGCUGAAUGUCUCUGUACCAGACAACCACAUGUCUCACCUCGUUUUAUUUUGAACAAAAAAAAAGGAAAAAAAAAAAACAUAUGUAUAUAUAUAUAUAUAUCUUCCAAAUCUAAACCAUUCCGUGCAUAGGUGCAGGUCAACCUGUCAGUGGAUCUCUACUGAAAAACAAUUUUCCUCGUUCGAUGUCUGUCGCCGAGUAACAGCAACACCCUGAGUUCGGCUGAAUAAUGCGAUUAUGACAUUAGCUCUUCUGUUGAAUUAUUGGUGGUGAUUUUGUAUGUAUAUAAUGGCACGCUGUAUCUCACCUCUGUACUCAACGCUGUAGAGGAGCACUUUUACACGCCACUUAAACUGUCAUUUGGAUGCAUGUGUGAGAGGUGCGAGUGUGAAAGAGAAAAAGAAUAUGAGAGCUUAUUUAUGUGAGAGAGAUCUAUAUGUGUGUGUUUUGACUGUAUGUACUGGGGCCACCAUCGAUGUGCUUUAUUCUCAUUCUCUUUAUUGUUAAUAUUGUAAAUAGUAGUUUCAAGCUCAUGUUAAUGGGGUUUUUUUUUUAUUAACUUAUUUUUUUUUUUUACAUUUCUUUUUGCACAGUGCUACAUGUGAAGGCCAGGUCCUGGUUUUAAAUGUACAUAAAAAUUUAUGAAGCAAUCAGUGGUCGUCAUAUUUCAUUCGUAGUGUGGUAGUAAACUGCAUGCACUAUAUUAACUAACUACAUGGUGACGUUAUUUUAAAAGCCAAAAGAAUAAAGAUCAUAUUUUUUGUACCAAAGUAAAACUUAUUAUAUUCGUUAUUACACACAUCGCAAAUCAUUUCGAGAGAGAAUCACAGCAGAGCAAUGCAUACUUCUUUGUUUUUUUUUUUUUGUUGGGUUACUUGAAAAUGUUCAUGAUUUGCAAUCGUGUACUACCUUUUGUUUUGAAUGUGCAAUAUGAAUUGAUUUCCUCUGAAGCGGAGCAGAGUUUGCAGACAUUCACUGUAGUUUUCCAAAAUAAAGCACAUUUUGGGAAGCCAGUAA